AUGCACCCGGCACCUGAACUCACCUUCCCCUAUGGUAAUGUCCAUCUGAUGUACAAGUUCACGCCGCAAACUUUUCCUCAAUCGUUCCGAAAUUGGCCUUUGUAUUGAGCGACUCGAUUUCCUGUUUGGGACGGCAGGGAUGGCCGAAAAGGAAGAAGCUCAAGGCCGAUAAGAUCUCUUCAUCAACAUUCUUUUCAUUUCGCAUUAGAACAUCUCCAUGUAGUACUUCUUUGACUUUUUUCAAACUCAACUCUUUCAUCAAAAAAAAAAAACGGCUCUUUCUCGGUUUAUCGAUAAUAAAACCAUGGUUGGUUUAUUCUCCUGUUUAGAGUUCAUUUCGACUUCAAAUUAAGGCCAACCUACUCCGCUUUGGUUUAUUAAUUUAUAUUUCUUCUCGGGGGUUCCAUUCGCUUUCGAAGCCAUCUCGUCGGACCAAUUACGGCUCACACAAUGGCCAUUUUCGAUGCGGUUCUCCGUGCGCAAAGGCUAUCUCUCAACUCAAUAGUUGGGUUCUUUCUUCUGAACGUUUUUUUGUGUUUUUUUGAUUUAUGCAAUUUAACUUGAUGGUUUUCAUAAGUUCUUGAAAUUAAAUAAUUAUUAUCAGUCUGUUCGGUUCAAAUGUGUUGAAUGAGCUCUCGAAAUUAAUUUUUUUUAAAACUAUAUAAUAAAUACACUCUUUUUCUGCACUUGAUAAGAUUUAAAAAUUCCAAAAACAAAAAAAGGUAGAAACGACGAAAAUGAAAGCAAGUUUUAUUAUCAAUAGGUAUUACCGGCUGUAAUUCAGGAGUACUGGAAAAAGGGGCCGGUCUUCAAAAAUCGUCUGCACAUGUGGACCACUCUUUCUCUCUCAUUUUUUCUCUAUUGUGUCUGAAACUCGUACAAGUUGUUAGUGCGAAUUGGUACAAUUCGAACGAUGACGUUCAGAGUCAGACGAAUUGUAAUCAACUUUCUCAUUGAUUGUUCUCUUUCGGCAACAUUUUUCUUUUUUUUCCUUUUCCAUUACGCCGAAAGUUUCAUUUUCAUUGAACUCAAAAAUGUUAAAAAUUUUUUUGUUCAUUUUUAAUUUUCAGGGAUAAAAUGUCUUCCGACGUUCUUCUCGGGGUCAAUCAUGAAUAAAUCUUUAUUAGCACAGGUUUGAACUUGAGUUUUUGCAAGUUUCUGAUCGCUUCAUAGGAAUGUUUUUGUGGACACGAAUCGGACUUGAGAAAAUAAAAUAUAGAGCAAUUAACUUGAAAGAAGUGAAAAAGUAUCUUUGUAUUGGAGGAACAUUCAAAAUCCCGCCACUAGCUUUUUUGAGGCGGAGAACACCACGGGGUUGGUGACACCGCGGCACAUCGGAAGACGCGUCGUCGUAGGCGGUCUCGGAGCUGGAAUCUUGCGCUACGUGGGCUCCGUUCACGGCAAAGAUGGCGUCUUCUGCGGGGUUGAACUUUUCGACGCCACCGGCAAACACGACGGAACUUUCCAAGGUCCCCUUUCUUUCAUUUGUUCUAUGUUUAUUAAAAUGAAGAUUAUCAUUCAAAAGCGUUUUUAGGAGUUUCUUACUUUGUCUGCGAGCCCCUCCACGGCAUUUUCGCUCCAUUAUUUCGCGUCGAGCUCAGCGACUCUACGACGUCGUCUGCCGAUCUGCAGGCCAUCAAUCAGAAUCAAAACGUCCGCUUUAUUUUUAUUCACCAAACUAGCUCACUAUCCAGUGAAACGAAAAUCAAAACGAAGAAUGGGGUAGCCAUCGCAUUUUAAUCGUAGCUUCAUCGAUCACAUUUUUCAAUUAUCAAAGUAAGAAAAGCAUCGAAACUUUCGAAAUGCAUUUUUUCGCUUCCAAUUUUUUGGUUCCAAAGCCGGCUGUGUUUGUCACAAGGAACUUUCAAAAAUAUUUCAGAAAAGUGAUUUUCCAAAUGAAAAUCUCAAUCAAACUUUGACAGGCUCAAAUGUCAUAGAGCUCAAAAGCAUUCAUGUUUCCCAUAUUUGGUCUGUUUUCUCACCUGUUUCCGGUCGAUUCUCCGAUUGAAACAUCAUCAGAUGACAUGAAAUAAACCCCGCGUGUCAGUUUCCCUUCAAAUAUUUCACGCCUUUCACUUUCUUUUAAUCGAUCUACUCUCUUUUCAGACAAGAUCCAGAACUUUUUUUCAAAUUUUUUUAUGAAGCUGGUUUUUUUAAAGCUUUGAAACUAACAUACAAGAAAAAACAGUUUGAAAAUUUUCCGAGUUUCAAAAAACCAUUAUUUCACUACUCUCUUUAAAAUUCUUACUCAGAGGAAUUAACUGAGCUCACAAAAAUGUUGAAACUUGAAAACAAAUAGCUGAAAUGGAGACUCACUCCGUGCAAACUCUAAUCAAGCCACUGCACCUAACCUAGCCUAACCAAAGUUUGCAGCGACUGUCGCGGUCUGCAUUGCCAGCCCUACAGCUUCGGAAUCCGCUGACGGCGACGGUGCCGCUGCGGCCGUCGUCGGAAGCUCCUUCGAAAGCGCCUUCGGAGGAGCGCGUCUGCCGACCUCCAGAGACCGACCCCAUGCAGAUGUCCAUCUUCUCCGAUUUGAUGGACGGCUCCACGGUUUGCCUCAUCUCUGAUAAGCUCUUUUUCCUCCAGCUCGUUGUAAAGUACCUGCACAAGCGUUUUUCCUUCCUCUUCCUUGCACCCUCAGGAAACGUUGGAGUUUCUUCUUUCACCCUUGUACCGAAGAAAUGCUUUUUUUUAGUUUUCAACGCUUCCAUACUAACUUUUUAAUUUUUUCAAUUUUAUAUCCUUUCUGCAUCGUUAGUUAAAUGAUAUCUCGCUAUAGUUAAAAUUUUCUGAAUACGUAAAGUUUAUUUCCGAAUAUUUCGAACAAAAUUUUGAUGGAAAGCCUCAGAAUGAUAAGAAAAUUGUUCAAGAAUGACAUCUUAUUGUUUUCAGUUCUCCAACGGCUCUUGGAGCGACGUUCAAGAUUCGAUGAUCACUUCCAACUGCACUUUCACCGUAAGAAAAAGGGGUCAGUUUUUUUCAAAAUGAUAAAAAAACUUCAAACUGUUUUCAUGAAAAUUUCGAAAAUUUUUUUAUUGAAUAUAGAAACUUUUAGUUUUAUAGAUAGUCAAGGUCCGCCUAUUUUGGGGUCGCUUUUUUUUGCUCAGUUUUUUUCGUUUUUUGCUAUUUCAAGUGCGCACGCGUAGUAAUCCUAACUGCGUGAAAGUUGGUAAUGAAGGAUCGAUGCUGUCGAAUAUUUCUGAACGGUUGGCAGUUCUCCAGUUGCUCGUAUAAAAAAAGAUAUAUUAUGUUCAAAAAUUAAUCGAAGUCCGUCAAAAUAAAAUAAGAAAAAAAGCUCCAUCAAAACUCUUGAACGUUGGAGUUAAAAAAAAAUGAAAUUGACACCCAAAACGCACUUUUUUUUUGAAAUUCCAGUUCUGUUUCAAACAUUGACUGACAACGAUUGGUCAAAGUAAAUCAUAUAUAUAAGCAAUUUCUCUAUCUUCUGGAAGUCAAAACUCGAAAAAUGACGCUUGGCUGCGUUUGGAUAAAAUAGAAAAACUGUCGAAAAAUUGAAAAGUGAAAAAGCGCGUGCAGUUCUACGAGGGGGUGCAUGCGGGAAGAACAAUUUUGCGCGUCGCAACGCUUCUCGAAAUUUUUUCAAUGAAAAAUUUUAAUGUUAUUUUUUUGUUAUUUAUACACUUUGCCACUUUUUCCAUUCGUUUGAAUUAGUUUUAUAGUCUGUGUGCCACGACUUGAAAUUUCACCGAACAACAUUCCGCUGUUCCACUUCAUCGCGAAGCGUCUUUGCGAGCCUCGGUCUCGCUUCGAAUUGGUUCUCAUUUCUGAUGAUGAAAGGCGCGUUAAGGCACGCAGCGGAACAGCGGAAUGUCGUUCGGUGAAAUCCCCAGCCGUGGUACACAGACUAUAGAAAGUAUUACGACGGCUUACAUCAAUAAACGCUUUUUUUUCUAUCGAAAAAGAAAAAGGGUGUUUUACGGUGGAAUUUUCCGCAAUUUCUGUUUUUAAAUUGAAUCUCGUUGCCUCACUCUUUAGGUUUCUUCCAUUUGUUUCAAUGCAAUGGGCUUUCAUUUUUGAAAAAUCGUUGGCGUUUCCUAUUUAGAGAAGACAUAACUGAGCUGCAAACAGUAAAAGCCUGCAAAAAAGGAAGGAUUAUUCAAAAAAUAAAACAGGAAAAAAUCAGUAAAAAAGUAUAAAAAUUUUGGAGUUAAUGUUAAUUUUUUAUUUUGGAGUUAAUGUUUAUUGACCGAUUGUUUUUUAAUGAGAAAAAAAAAGUUCUAGAAGUUUCAUCCUUGAAGAAAACAAAAUAAUUACCAUUUUUCGAACAUUUCAUGUUUUUCAAAAAAUCGAAGAUUACAAAACAAACGAUAGAAAUUACUUGCAUGGAUUUAAAUUUUAUUUUCUUGAACGGUAGCAUUUAAUAUAGUUCAUAUUACCAUCCUUGUCCAUUAACCGAGUAUUACAAUCCGAAGAAUGAAAUUGAAAAGGAAGAGAUAAUCUUAAAAUUUAAAACUUUCUCAUAUUCAUACAUGUAUGCAAGAAAAUGGUAAAGACAUAGCGCGUUCAGCCGAAAAUUGUUAAUGGUCAAAUAUCACAAAUAGGUUUAGAAAAUUCUGAUAACCCAGUAGGAAAAAGAAACUCUCAUAGAACGUUAUUUCUACGGGAAAAACUUAUUUUGAGUUCUGAAUAGCAAAUUCGAGCCAUUUUCCACUUUUGGGUGAACUUUGCGAAAUGAUCCGCAAACACCUUUUGAGGCUUUGUUCAGGCUGCGUUGUCGGUGUCUAGUCUGUGGUAUACCCAUACGUUCCACACGGUCUUUCGACUUUCAGAAUUCUUUUUUGAAUGACGAUGACAGCGACCUGAUGUCGGUUCCGAUGAUGCAGAGCGUCCUCAACAUUGACCGAGAAGCCCUCCGGCGAGAAGAACAACGUGAGCUUUUCAAUCGUAUUCACAAAGUUUUCUAGAAGUUUUUCGGUGCAAGCAAGUUUUCAGUUCAAUCGUCGAUGGUGUUGGGCGAGUCUAGAAUAGGCGUUGAACAUCUGCCAAUCAUCGAGGACGACGAACUCGAGACGCCGUUGGUCGAGGUUCGACCCAUGCCGAGCGUCGUCUUCGAUCAGAAGUCGGCAGCAACUGAACUUCCGUCAGAACCUGUCAUCGACAAGCCACGGAGUUCUUUCCACGAGGAAGACGUCAGACAUGAAGUUUCAGGUGAUGAAACAACUUGAACAUCAAAUAUAGAUGCCAAGAUAUAUGGAAGCUCCGAAGUAGUUUGUCUGUGAAUAUAACCAGAACUACGAGAAGUCGCAUAAUAGAUAGCAUUCCUCAUUUGGCUAUUCAUUGAAUCUCAUCUUAAUUUUUUUUGUCUCAAAAUGUUUUUCGAUUAGCUGAAUAUUUUCUGGUAUUCGUUCUUUCUUGCUGCUUUUUUCAUAGAAAACCUCAAAACCAAAUAUCAAAUUUUUCGCUUUUAUAUGAGCUUACAUAAUCCAGAUACUUUUCUUUUGUGAAAUAUAAUCUAUUUUCGUGCUGAAAUGUCUUUUUCUGAACAGAAAAGUUGCCUUUUUUCUCAGCGUUUCUUUUUUUCAAACACAGCUCUCACUGUACUUACAUGUUGCUUUUACCGUAGAAAAUUUGUAGCCUCUUCUUUUUGCACACUUUUUUAUCAUCGAAAACCUCAGUAGAUUUGUUUUUCGAGAUGCUAUGAACAAACUAUUUAUUUUAACAGUGCUCUUGAAAAAUUUAUUGAACAAACUUAUGUGAAACCCAAGAAGUAUACAAAAUGACGUGUCGUUUCAAAAAAAAAACAAUCCCAUUUCGUUUAAUGACUGGUAUUUUGCUAUCAUGAUAAUCAAUGCUCAAAGUUUGCUUGUUAAAAAGUAUUCCUACUCGAGGUAAUUGCAGACUCAAUUUCUGGUCGAUCUUCUGAUACUGGCUAUCACGACGAGAGCGAUCCGAAUAUCAUUGCAGUCGAGGAGGCGAAAUCUCUUGAUGAGUCUAAAGUUAGUCUUUCUUUUAUAUCCGCUACAGAGACAAGUUUGACAUUAAUUAGCUCCUACGGUAAUUAGUUUUCGUAUUUGAAAAAUAGGUCUAAUGAUCCAGUUUUUUCCUUAACAAUUAUUCUUGCUAUCACUAUUAGUGAUACAAAAUACGUAAUAAAAAAACGGUUUCAAAGUCUUCGAGGGUUUGUUGGCUCUAUAGAUGGUUCAGUUCUUGCCUCCGGUUUUGUUUAGAGAUGAUAUGGUUAUCAGUAUUUGCUGCGGUUUGUCGUUUGCGAAUUACCUCCCGCUCUUACAGAAACCGUCGACCGUCAAUAAAACUAAAAAAGAAGCGCCCAUGGCGACAGAUCCAGAAACGCCGAAGACAGCUCGAAAGCCUCUUGUGAGAAUCACAUCGUAUUCUGGCCUUAUAUGCCGGUUUCAGGUGAAAGAGCCAGUUGCGGUCGUUCCGAAGUUUCCCGUGAAGCAAAAGGUUCCGUCCAAACAUCAGCUGAUGAUGGAACAGCUCAAGGUUUGUUACUUUUCUUAAAAAGUUUUGAAAAUAUUCAUUUUUUGAAACCGAAAAAAGUUAUUUAGUCUAGUGGGAACCACAACGAGAAAACGAGGACCAAAAUAUUUGAUUCCAACCAGUCUCGUAAAGGGAGGUCAAUUAGGCGCAAACUGAUUUUACGUCAUUUUUAGAAAAAAAUUGGCGGCAACUGGUUUCUUCUUUCUUGAAUUUGAAAGUUAAAAAAACAACGAAAAAUCCUUUACAUACAUAUCUUUCGUAAAAAGUCUUUUUAGGCAUCCAUCGAGGCUGAAAAGAACAAACCUAAAAAAGAAGUUAAAAGUCGCGUUUCACUUCUCCCGCCGCCGCAACCGGCAGCGAAAUCUCAAAAAGAAAACGAAGGUUUGAAUUUUUUGCCGUUCACACAAGUGAAAUAGCGUCUUUCUUCAAUUCCCUCUUCCAUUUGUUUAAAUCAAGAUUUCUUUCAUUUGCUGGAUUGAUUGCCCGUUGACAAAAGCUCUAAAGUGAAAUUCGGGCCUGCGGAAACUGAGAAAUUGAUUCGUCCGGUUCUAGAAAGUUUUGACCAUACCUGCUUUUUUUUCGAUCCCCUAUACAUUCUGAUUCGCCUCUCUGCGCGGAUGAUUAGAAUAUGUAUGGCAAUGUAGAUGACAGAAAUCCGUUUCUUCGAUUAUAUUACGUUUUCUCGGACAGAGAAAUCCUCGAUUUUAUCUUUUCUCUCAUAUUUUCAUUUGAGUUAACACUUUGAAACACUCACUAGGGAACUACUCGGACUCGGGUACACGUUUCGAGUUGAAACUUUGGUGGCUUAUAGACCCGGGUGAGAGUACUUGGAAACAAGAGAGAUUAUCUGCUAAACCCCAUAGGCUUCUGAGAAAAAGCUUUUUGAAAAUGAAAAGUUUAGGCUUGAAAAUUAUCAAAUUUUUGCUUUCCUUCUUCUUUUGGCUAUGAAAAAGUUGUUUAGAGUUCAUCAUAGCCGGAUCAUUCAAGACGAUUGUAUUAAAAUAUAAAAUAAGGUAAAAAGCAGUAUUCUGAAAAUUUUCAGGCCUAAUUUUCACAUUUUCUACUAAUUUUUUCUCGGUUCUCUAUUGGGUUUAGCAGAUAUUCUCACUUGUCUUCAAGUAUUCUUACUUAAGUCUAUAAACCACUAAAGUUUGAACUCGAUCCGCGUACCCGAGUCCGAGUAGUUCCCUAGUCAGUCGAGUGUUUUCAGAUAUAAGCAUGGGAAGCGAUGUGACCAACAAAAGAACGGCCUCUGCACCAGCAAAACAGCCGUUGAAGGCGGUUAACGCAGCUCAGAAGCCAUCAGUUGAGAGGCCGAAGAAAGAGAGGAAGCCGCUGUACGUGGCUCCUCCUCCCAAAGGUUUGUCACACAUUUUCUGAAGAUUUCACACUGAUAAACUGAUUUCUGAAGGAUAAAAUAUAGUUUUGCAAAUCUUUCCUAAAAUCCACAGUUUUUCAUUCAACGUGCAGGAUAUUUUUUUCAAAGCACUCUUUUCUGAUCAGUUUUUGCAUAGAUAACAAUUUUCAUAGGAGCAGUUGGAAAGUUCAUUCAGAGCGAACCGAGAAGAAAGAAGUUGCCCCUCAAACGACGAAGCCCACCUUCGUCGGUACAUCAAAGAUGGCUCCCUCAAAGUCGGAUACUGGAACAGAAAAUGCGACAAAAGGAACAUCAAAGAAAGAUUUCCCCACGUCUUCUUUCGCAGGGAUCGGCUCAAAGUUGGCUCAGAGGAAGCCCUCCACGUCGUCCACUGCCACAACUUCUGGUUCAGCAACGGCUGUAAAAUCUCGCAGCAAGUCCGCCACCAUAGGUUGCAUGACAGAAAAUCCAAAAAAAAAAAACAAAUGUUUUGUUUCAGACGAGGCGAAAAAGCUGACGCGGCUCCGUUGGGCGUGUUCCACCGUCGACGUUCUUGCUCUUGUCGUCGCGCAGCGCGAAAAACAACGCGACGAGGCGUUUCAGAAUCUGGAGAUGACCAGUCAAAAACUUGGUGAAAAACGUUUUAUUUCACUUGGACAGUUUCAUUCAAGAUGACACCCUCAACACUCUGGUCGAGCUACGAAAAAAGCUGUCUGAAACCGAAAAAAUGCACAACGAACUCGUGUUGGAAGCACAACUCAAGCAGGAACAUUGUUAGUUGUUUUUCUCCAAUUAAACUGAAAACUUUGUUCUAUAAACCCUUCCUGAAUCUCAUUGAGCGAGGGCAAAAGUCGCGAUCUUAGCUGCUUUGCCCAGUCAAGGAAAACUCCUCAUAUCUAUUGUGGUCAUCUGUAAAACGCAUUUUCAACACGUUGCGACGCCGUUCUCGAUCCUCAAAGUCCUAAUUUCACUUUUUAUUUCUCGAUUCUCAACGUCCCACCUUCAUUACUAAUGAAUGUGCGGCAAAGCUUUGUUUUGACAUUGACAAUGGCGUCGUCGGCAGUGUCGGGCGCCCUUUACUCUCUGCUCGACUGCUCCGCACGCCUCCGAUUCCCUUAUAACUUGGCGAUCUUCGCCGCAGGCUUUUUGCCUGUCUUCACAUUCGUCUUUACAGUGACCAAGAACCAUGAUGGGGCUAUCGAGCGGCUCAAGCAGCUCAACGAACAACAGGUCCGUUAUAAAUCUGUCGAGAAUGAUAUUUUUCUUCCAAUUUUCAAAUAAAAAAAACUACUUUUUAGAGAAGAAGCUAGAACUUGUGAAACCAAAGUAUUUAAUAAUUUAACGCUUGUAAUCGAGUUGAAAAACUGAAGUUUCGAAAUUUCCACUCUAUCAGCGUCAUGUAAAUAUCAAUGUUCCUGUUAAAAAUGACAAAAAUUUUUAACCUAUUUACGAAAACUCAUGCAUACGGAUUAGAAUACAAACUUCUUACCCUUGAGAAAGAAGUUUUUAAAUUGUAAAAUGUUCAUGAAGCAAGUCCAAAUAAUAGAAAAGUUUUUUUCUUAUUGUAGUGCCAAAUUAAAAUCCGAGAGUUUUUUUUUUCGAGCUCAACUUUCUAGUUUUGAAAACUCAGAAGAAUUCUGGCUCAUUUGGAAAAUUUUCCGACCCCGAAGUGAAAUGACACUUGUAAAAUGUUGGUAAGCUCAUAUUGAAGUUUCAGUUGGACGAGAAAGCGAAAGAGUUUGAGCGAACGCUUGACGACGAAAGGCGAAGAAGGGAGGCUGAGAUGGCGGCGAUGAGCAGUCGUCACCAGAAGGUGGUGGCGUCGCUGGAUGAGAAAAUCGGCGAGACCGAGAAGCUCGCCGAGCAGCUCAAGGCCGACAAGAAAGCCUUGCAGACGGCGUUGGCCAACGACAGCGACCAGCGCAACCAGGUUGCCCAGUUGUCCUUUCUGAUUGUUCAGUUUCGUGCUUUGCAGAUGCUCAGCAAGGAGAUUUCUUCCUUGCAAACCGCGCUGGAGAUGAAGUCUGCCGAAAUGAAAGAACUCCGGCAGAAGAACCAACAAGUAUGUCCAUCGCACUGUAUUGAAUUUCCAACAUUGUGUAUGGGGAUCGAAUUAAAUUAUGCACUGAAGAUUAAUUCAAAGAACUUUUAUGCACAAAAAUCUAGUGUAAAUUGAUGUUUAAAGUAAGUCCCUACCGUUUAGGAUACAUUGAACAAGGAAUUUUUAUUCUUUUUAUAUAACUUGUAAGAAUAGUUGGAAGAUGAUUACUUUCUUAGAAGGUCCACGAUUUUUUUUUUCUGAUAUGAAUUGUUUUUAUUUUUUUUUAGAGAAAAGUUAAUUUGAAAGCUUAUAGUUAUAUAAAAAAACGAAAAAAGGGAACGACUAUAAACAUUUUUUCGCCUGAAUCCUCAUAUUCAAUUGAGUAUUAUUUCUCUUUGUUUCUCACAAUUAUUACGAAACAUGGUGAAGAGCGUGGUGAGCUGUAUGUUGCAGAGAGAGUAGAGUCCCUCCCUGAUUUUCAAAAACUGUUGUGUUACGUGAUAAUGUUUGAAAUAAAGCGAUUAAGAAAUCAGUCGCUUUUGGUUUCUUUUUUUGUGCUGCUCUUCUUGAAUUUGAUUAUUUUCCUUUCAGUUAUCGUUGCAAGUAGAUGAAAUACCCUUGAAAGAGCUGGAGAUCAGUAAGUGGCGGCACAAGUCCAACGAGUACAAGCAUAGGCUCGAUCAGAAGACCAACUGCGAGAAGUGAAAACAAUAAAAAGCGAAAGUCUUGAUGUUCGUUUUUUCCAGGGCCCUCGUGCAGCAAAUCGAAGACUUGCGACGACGUCAGGCCCACGACGAGGCUGUACGCGUCGCACUCAACAAUAAGUUGGACCUUAUGAAUUACCAUUUCGAGAAUGGCGACGUCUCCGCCAGCGACGCCAACAGAUUCAGUCUUCCGUGCGUUGAAACUAGUGGUUAUACCGGGGAUUUGAAAGAAGAGUCAAGAAUUAAAAAGCUUUUAGAAAUACCAAUUUUAGGCAACCGUGAAAAAAUAUGUGUUGAAUGUCUAAAUCCGAAAACACUUUUUUGUUUCAACAUUUCGAACCUUUUUCUAUGAAAAAAAAGAGACAGCGUUAAAAAAAUUAAUAAGAAAAAUCAGAAGAUAUUCACAUUCAAAGUUGGAAAUAUUUCGAAUAUGUUUCAGAGUUAGAGUAGUCUGACCUAGUAAGUGGAUUAAAGAAAAACAGUUCUAUAUUUAUUUUUAAAUUUAGUUUUACGAGAUGUUCAUUAUUUUCGUCGUACUCCUUAUUCACCACAAAGAUUUGAAGCAUGUCAAACUUUUUUUUUUUGAUUUUUUUGUGGUAUAAAAGAAAUUUUGGAAAAUAAUUGGAAUAAUUACAGGGAUGAUUUUUAGCAGGGAGAACCGAAAAAUUUAAUUUUUAAUUUUUUUAAUUUUUCUAGUUUUCACAUCUCCGUCACUUCACUUUGGGUUUUUUUCUACCACCUCUAUCGGCAUCGUUUCAGCUCACGGGUGCAGUUUCGAUCGCGUUCUUCGGCGUCCGGCCCUCGACCAACCUCCUCUACACCUCUAGACGGUCGAAUGUUCUCCUCCAGCAACAGUUUGCCUCUUUAAACUGACCACGAAGUCACCAUCAAAGUUCCAGGUGACGUGGAUCGGGUAGACCGCGACGUGAUGAACCGCUCGACGCUGUCCAUGUACGCGAAUCAGGUGCGUCUUCCUGAGAACCAUGGCGAUGACAUCAUCUACGCGCCCGACGAGAUCAUCUCCAGCCGGAGCGGAUCCAUUUCCCAGAGGCUCUCUGUUGCCAUCGAAGACGACGGCGAGCCCAAGAUUUUGAAGUUCGUCAUAGUUUUACUUUAUCGUUUUCCGAUUGAAUCAAGUUCCUGCAGCUAAACAGGUUAUGGGCAUGAAUAUUCGAGCCAUCCACAACCAAAAGUAAAUAAAAUAUGGGAUUUUUUGCUUUCUCUUCCGAAAACUGUUCGCUAGACGCGUCAUUUUAUGUGUUUCUCACAUUUUUUCACGCCAAAAAAGUAUCCUUUUUUGGUCUCACUAAUAACUCACACGUAGUCGGCGACUUUACAGAUCGCGUAGGAACUUCUAAGGCUAUUUUUUUUUCUCUUAAAUUAGAGGCUAACUAGUAAAUGCAACUAGUAAACACCCUGUCUUGGAACUGCACUCUAAAUGUUUCCGUAGCUGAAAUUUUUAUUACGAAUUUUUCAAAGGAAUCUUCACAAGAACAUUUUUUUAAUAUCCAUAAUUCUGACCUCUAUUAUUGCAAAAGUAUUUUUUGAAAAUCUCCAUUUUUGCAGUGAAACCAAUUCGCAGUCCGACUCGGGAAUUGGAAUCAUCAUGUGA